CUGGAUUCCGGGGCUUGCAGAGAACACUGCCACUUGUAGUGAUUCUCGGGGCCACUGGCACUGGCAAGUCCAGCCUGGCUCUGCAGCUAGGCCAGCGGCUCGGCGGCGAGAUCGUCAGCGCCGACUCCAUGCAGGCACUCUAAUAUCCUGUCGUAGGAUGUAUGCUCCAUUAUGUGUUCCCACUCAUCUGUUCAUGGGAUUUGGAGUCACUUCCACUUUCUGGCUUUUGUCUAUGAAGGGCUAGACAUCAUCACCAAUAAAGUCUCUGCCCAGGAGCGGAAGGUGUGCCAGCACCACAUGAUCGGCUUUGUGGACCCCCUUGUGACCAGCUACACUGUGGUGGACUUUAAGAGCAGAGCAACUGCCCUAAUUGAAGAUAUUUUUGCUCGAGACAAAAUUCCUAUUGUCGUGGGAGGAACCAAUUAUUACAUUGAGUCUCUGCUCUGGAAAGUUCUUGUGAAUACCAAGCCCCAGGAGAUGGGCACUGAGAAAGUGGUUGACCGGAAAGCAGAGCUUGAGAAGGAGGAUGGCCAGGAACUCCAUAAACGACUAAGCCAGGUGGACCCAGAAAUGGCUGCCAAGCUACACCCACAUGACAAACGCAAAGUGGCCAGGAGCUUGCAGGUAUUUGAAGAAACAGGAAUCUCUCACAGUGAAUUUCUUCAUCGUCAACAUGCAGAAGAAGGUGGUGGUCCACUCGGAGGCCCUCUCAAGUUUCCUAACCCAUGCAUCCUCUGGCUUCAUGCUGACCAGAAAGUUCUAGACGAGCGCUUGGAUAAGAGAGUGGAUGACAUGCUUGCUGCCGGACUCCUGGAAGAGCUGAGAGACUUUCACAGGCGCUAUAAUCUUAAGACUGUUUCAGAAAAUAGCCAGGACUAUCAACAUGGUAUCUUCCAGUCAAUUGGCUUCAAGGAAUUUCACGAGUACCUGAUCACUGAGGGAAAAUGCACACCAGAGACUAGUAACCAGCUUCUAAAGAAAGGCAUUGAGGCUCUGAAACAAGUAACUAAGAGGUACGCCCGGAAGCAAAACCGAUGGGUUAAAAACCGCUUUUUGAGCAGACCUGGUCCCAGUGUCCCCCCAGUAUAUGGCUUGGAAGUAUCUGAUGUUUCAAAGUGGGAGGAGUCUGUUCUGGAACCUGCUCUCAAUAUAGUACAAAGUUUCAUCCAGGGUCACAAGCCUACAGCCACUCCAAUGAAGAUGCCGUAUAAUGAAACUGAGAACAAGAGAAGUUACCACAUGUGUGACCUUUGUGACCGGAUCAUUAUUGGGGACCGGGAGUGGGCAGCACAUAUAAAAUCCAAAUCUCACUUGCACCAACUGAAGAAAAGAAGAAAGUUGGACUCAGAUGUUGUCCCUGCUCUAGGAAGCCAAAGUAGUUCCCCAGACUGUGACCCGGAACUUAAGGAGGGGAAGUCCCCAGGGCAGCAAGAUCAAGAGCUGAAGGCCAGGGUUUAAGAGACGUGCCUAGUGGCCUUUGCAGAGAUGUGGAGAGAAAGUCCAGGAGGGGAGGGGAGUGUUGGUCUUCCACGCCCUACUGGGCUGAGGAAGGCUUGGCAGAGACCCUCCCCCCAUCUUCUUUAUUCUGUGGUGUGGUCUGCAGUGGAGACAGCAGGCCUUUCAGCUCCUGUGUGGUUGUUGUGUCUGGUAAUGAUGCAGUCCAGGGUGGGAGUUUUGUUUUGUUUUUUUCUUCUUUUCUUUCUUUGAACCUUAAAGGUUUUAUUUAGAAAGAGGCACAGCUUGCACAUUUGCUACUUGAGGAUCUUUUUUCGUGGUGAAUACCAAGAUUCAGUGCAUCCUUUAAAAGAGUUCUUGUCCCUGGUUCUGGCUAAAAAUAUCUCACUUCCAGAUGCUUUUGUAAAUGACUGAAGUAUUAUAAGGCACAGUCAGGAGUUCUGGAUGUGAGAGAACGGCAGGAAGGAGCAGCCCAGAGGGAUGGUUAGGCGAGCUCCACAGAAGAGGGAGGGUCAGGCUGACGUGGUUGUGACCUGGGUCUUGAAGACUAGAGAAAGAAUCUUGAGUCUGCUUCUGUGCAUAAUGGCUGCCACUGCUGUCUAUCUAGGGCAGAAAUUAUACAUUCUUUUGAAAUGUAAAUAAAAAGGUUUGUAAGCCCUCUAGUUUA